GAAUGUUAAUUCCAGUACUGUCGUGUUCAACGCCGGAACAUCACUCGGCUAUAUCGUCAAUAGAUUCGCCGUCAAGAGAUAGUGAUUCAGAUGCGGCUAGUCCUGUACCAUUUCUAUGUACUCAAGAUGGAGCCGAGGGUGAAACGGACGUUGUAUGGAAUUUCUACACCCCAAAAUCCGGAGCAACCAAAUACAACGUCAAAAUCACAACACCAGUUAGAAGAAGAGCCAGAAAAUCAGAAAGACUUAAGAAUAUAGAGAAAGAAGAAACUAAACGUAGAACAGUAAAGCCUUCACAGAAAAAAUAUGAACUAUUUCAAGAGCUUAUCGAGUUAAAUCAUGAUUUAAAUAAAAUUAUUAAUAAAAAUGCGACUAUAACAGUAGAAAAACCACAAUCUGAAGAAGACAUUUUUAGUGACGGUAGUGACAGUUCUCCUAGAAGUGGCUUAAAAAGUAAGAAUCGCUGCUUAAGAAAAAAUGUUCUAAGUUCUAAGUUCUUGAAACCGGAAUCUGAAAGUGGAUUAGAGUCAGAUGAUUCUAUGAAUGAAUUUUUAUUAAAAGCUAGUCAGGCAGUUGAAGAAAAUAUCUUAAAUAGGGUACAAGUUGACCCUAAAAGGCCUUGUUUUGAGCCAGUUGACAAGAGCGUUAAAUCAAGCUUGCAUGUAAUAAACCAAGAUUCUAUGGAUGCUAUAUUAAAUAAUAUAAAAAUGGAGUCUCCAAAUAUCGCUAAAAUAAAAAGAUGUGAAACGCCUAAACUCAACAAUGAUUCAUUUGAUAAUUUACUUGGUGACUUAAAUGAUAGCACAAUAGAAAGUCUAUCACAAUAUCCUGUACAGACAGAUUUUGCUGCAGAUAGAAAUAAUGUAAAUCAAUCAAAAAAAGAUUUGAAGAUAAGCAUUGAGAGUCCAUCAUCAAAAAUAUUUAGUAGACACAAUUCAAUGCCAGAGUCGCCAUCUGUUAACAACGGUGAUAAACCUUCGACAAGUGGCAUGGCAUUUAGUAGAUACAGCUCAAUGCCAUUCAAUAAAAGUAAUGAAAAAAUAGGUCUUGGAGAUUCACCAAUACGAUGUACUCCUGAGGAAAUCAGGAAAAAACAUCAACAAGCAAGAGAAAAGCUUCUUGCUAAGCGAACCCUGCCUUUUACACCAGCUCAACAAAUAAUUCCAACCAAACCAACACAGGCCGCGCAGAAAUUUGUACCUAAGAAACCUUUUCAACCUAAAGUUCCUACUGCACCCAUUGUUACCAAUAAUGUUGAUACUAUGAAAAUUACAGAAUCGAUAAAAAAGAUAAGUGCAGAUCAAGAUAUUAAACAACUUAUCGAAAAGAAGAGACAAGAAGCCCUAAUGAAGUUAAGGAGAAGGCAUACUCAAAAAAAAUGUUGAAAAUUAAUAUUAAAUAAAAUUGUGUGAAUUAUUUCUAUAUUUCAAAAUAAUUAUUUUCUUGUACCUAAAUGUAAUGUGAUAGUUUUUUUGUUUAAUUUAGUGCCUUAUAUUCUCAAUGAUAAGUACUUUAUUUAUAUCAAACAUACUGAUUUUUGAAAUAAAGUAUUGAUUUCUA